AUGCUUGUCAAACUAUUCUCAUUCAUCUUGACGGUUCCUUCGCUCUUGGCUGUGUUCUUAAUUGUUCAAUACUUUCCAGUAAAUUCGAACGCCAGCUCACUUCGUCUUGGAGCAGCCUCGAACCAUCAUGUUAUACCUCCAUCAAGUCCGGUUACUCUCGCUAAAACAACGGAAUGGAUAUCGGUUCAGCGUCAACGCACUGUUCAAGACGAAUUAUCUCAAGUGUUCACCACAACAUCUGUCACUGGAAACUCUCACAAGGGAAGAAAAGGAACGGGUGAUUCAUGCAUUGGAUCUAUAUGCGGUCUUAGCCUCUUCUUUUCAUCUAUUGAUAAGUAG